UGUGUCCUCCCCCCAUCUGGGCCAUCUGCUGGAUUUCCUGCGACUCCAAUCUCUCAUUAUUGGAAACAUCUUGCCCCCCGUCUGAUCCUGGUGACGUCGCUCCCUACAAGCCCCCAGAGCUGUACAAUGGUGGAGGGUGGUUGGAUCCUUCCUCUGCUCAUCAUGGUGGCCUUUUCAUCUCUUAGUAUGGAAGAUGAGGAUCUGAAGAUGGACUCCGGCCAGUACAAAUGCGUGUGCGAAGGGAACUCGUGCGGCGGUGGGGACCACUGUCACGGGCAGCAGUGCUUCGCCUCGCUCAGCAUAAAUGAUGGCGUCAUGGUCUACCAGAAAGGCUGCUUCCAAGUCUACGAACAAGGCAGGAUGACGUGCAAGACCCCUCCGUCUCCAGACCAGGCCGUGGAAUGCUGUCAGAGCGACCUCUGCAACCUCAACAUCACCGCGUUCCUGCCAAGAAAGGGGAGGACCUUACCCGGCGCGGUGUUAAGUUACAGCGUGGAGACCCUGGCGAUAUCGGUCCUGGCCCCCGUCAUCGUUUUAAUCGUCUUUUCCCUCGUGGCCCUCUUUGUCUUCCGGAACAUCCAGCGGCGUCACGUGGAGAGGCUGCGUACCAAAGACGCAGAGUACGGCACCAUAGACGGCCUGAUUGCGUCAAACGUUGGGGACAGCACGCUGGCGGAUCUGCUGGAUCACUCGUGCACGUCUGGCAGCGGAUCUGGUCUCCCCUUCCUGGUACAGAGGACGGUGACCCGCCAGAUCACCCUCGCGGAGUGCGUCGGGAAGGGCCGCUACGGCGAAGUCUGGUGCGGCCUCUGGCAAGGCGAAAGUGUGGCAGUGAAGAUUUUUUCGUCGCGAGAUGAGAAGUCCUGGUUCCGAGAGACGGAGUUGUACAACACGGUGCUGCUGAGACAUGAAAACAUUCUGGGGUUCAUCGCCUCGGACAUGACUUCCAGAAACUCCAGCACCCAACUGUGGCUGAUCACUCACUACCACGAAAUGGGAUCUCUCUACGAUUACUUGCAAGUGACCACCUUGGACACGGCCAUGUGCCUCCGCGCCGUCUCGUCCAUCGCCAGCGGGCUGGCCCAUCUACAUGUCGAGAUAUUCGGCACCCAGGGAAAGCCGGCCAUCGCCCACCGGGAUCUGAAGAGCAAGAACGUUCUGGUGAAGAAGAACGGCCAGUGCUGCAUAGCGGAUCUAGGAUUGGCCGUGAUCCACUCGCAGUUCACCAAUCAGCUGGACGUCGGGAGUAGCCCCCGGGUGGGGACGAAACGGUACAUGGCUCCGGAAGUUUUGGACGAGACCAUCCAGGUGGACUGUUUCGACUCUUACAAGAGGGUGGACAUUUGGGCUUUUGGGCUGGUCCUCUGGGAAGUCGCCAGGCGCAUGGUGAGCAACGGUAUCGUGGAAGACUACAAACCUCCGUUUUACGACGUCGUCCCCAACGACCCCAGCUUCGAAGAUAUGAAGAAACUCGUUUGCGUGGAUCAACAAAGGCCAAACAUUCCCAACCGAUGGUCCUCGGACCCGACGCUGACGGCGCUUGCCAAGCUGAUGAGGGAAUGCUGGUAUCAAAACCCCUCCGCCAGACUCACCGCCUUGCGCAUCAAAAAGACUUUAAUCAAAAUUGACAAUUCCUUAGAUAAACUGAAAUCGGACUGGUGAAGGUUUGUCGGCGCCGCCGCAACUUCC